AUGGGUAAGAGCUUUUUUUAAGCAUUUUAAAUAAUUUAUCUAAAUUAUUCAUUGUUUGUUUAUAAAUUUUUUUUUGACUUAUUAUUUAGUUUGUUUUAAGAUCAAAUAAACUAACUAAUUCUAAAUAUAUUUUCAAAAAAUUUUCGAAUUAUCAAAUAAUUAUUAAAUUUUUUUUAAAUCAUUUAAAUCUAAUAAUUAGAUUAUUUGUUUUCAUAUUUUAUUAUUAUUAUAAAAAAUUAAAUCAAAAAAAAUAAGAAAAAAUAAAUGAGAGCUUUAAUUAGCAUUUUAAAAAAUAAUUCAAUUCCUAAAUCUGAAAGUUUAAGAUUUUAAAAAAACUCAAAAUUUUUUUUUUCUAAUAAACCUUAGACUGAUAAUUAGCUGCUUCAAUAAAUUGAACUUUUAAAAAAUUCUUUGAAAAAUAAUCCUUAAGAUAUCGAUACAUUAAGUAGCUUGGGAUUAUGUUAUCAAAUCUAAAAGUAGUAUAAUGAGUCAAUUCAAUGUUUAAUUGAGUGUCAAAAAAUUGCUCCUUAAAAUUAUGGUGCUUACUUUAACUUAGCGUAAGUUUAUAUAAGCUAAGGAAAGCUUGAAGAAGCAAAGAAGUAAUUAUUAAGGAGUUUGGAAAUCGAGCCUAAAUAUUCACAUCCUUAUUUUUAGUUAUCACAAAUUUAUUAUUAACAAGGUAUGCUAGAAGAAGCAAAAUAGAAUAUUCAAAAUUACUUAAAAUUCAAUCCUUAACAUGCAGAAUCAUAUUUAUUUUUAGCAGAUAUUAAUGAAUAAAUGAAUAACCUAAAUCAAGCUAAAAAAUGUUAUCAAGAGGCUAUAAAAAUAAAUCCUAAAGAUGACCAAACUUAUCUAAAAUUGGGUAUUUUAAACCUAAAAAUGGAAUUAUUUGAAGAUACAAAAUAAUGUUAUUUAGAAGCUUUGAAAAUUAACACUUUAAAUACUUAGGCUCAUAAUUACUUAGGGCUUUUUUAUUUAUAGAUCAAAAAGCUAAAGGAAGCAAAAAAUUAGAUAUUGAAAGCUUUGGAAAUAGAUCCUUAACUAGCCAUAACUUAUGUUAAUUUAGGUAAAGUUUAUGAAGAAUAAGAUUAGCUGAAUGAUGCAGUAUCCAGUUUCUUAGAUGCUUUGAAAAUAGAUCCUUAACUAGCCCCAGCAUACAUUAGUUUAGGUAAAGUUUAAACAAAAUAGGGUUAACUGAAUAAUGCUGUAUCUAACUUCUUGAAGGCUUUGGAAAUUGAUCCCUCAAUGACUUAUAUAUAUUUUGAAUUAGCAUACCUUUAUCAUGAGAUGAAUAUGCUAAAUGAAGCAAAAGAAAACUACCUAAAUACCUUGAAAUACUAUCCUGAUAAUUUUUUUGGUCUUUUUAAUUUAGGAAUUAUUAAUUUAGAUAUGAAAAUGCUAAGCGAUGCAAAAAGAUAUUUAUUGAAAUGA